AUGGAUCCGGCCAAGAUCCAGUCCGAGGGGGGCCUCAACGUCACGCUCACCAUCCGCCUCCUAAUGCAUGGGAAGGAAGUGGGCAGCAUUAUUGGAAAGAAAGGAGAAACCGUGAAGAAGAUGCGUGAGGAGAGCUCAGCAAGGAUCAACAUUUCUGAGGGCAACUGCCCAGAGCGGAUAGUCACCAUCACCGGACCGACCGACGCCAUCUUCAAGGCCUUUGCCAUGAUCGCCUACAAAUUUGAAGAGGACAUCAUCAACUCGAUGAGCAACAGCCCGGCCACGAGCAAGCCGCCGGUCACCCUGCGGCUGGUGGUGCCUGCCAGCCAGUGUGGAUCCCUCAUCGGGAAGGGAGGCUCCAAGAUCAAGGAGAUGAGAGAGUCGACGGGGGCCCAGGUGCAGGUGGCCGGGGACAUGCUGCCCAGCUCCACCGAGCGCGCCGUCACCAUCUCCGGCACGCCAGAGGCCAUCAUCCAGUGCGUCAAGCAGAUCUGCGUGGUCAUCCUGGAGUCCCCUCCGAAGGGAGCCACCAUACCGUACCGCCCAAAGCCCGCCUCCACCCCGGUCAUAUUCUCCGGUGGCCAGGCCUACACAAUUCAGGGACAAUAUGCCAUACCGCAUCCAGAUCAGCUGACCAAGCUCCACCAGCUGGCUAUGCAGCAAACGCCCUUUACUCCCCUCGGACAGACCACCCCUGCUUUCCCUGGUCUGGACGCCAACCCCCCCGCCAGCACCCAUGAGCUCACCAUCCCCAAUGAUCUCAUAGGCUGCAUCAUCGGUCGGCAGGGCACCAAAAUAAACGAGAUUCGCCAGAUGUCUGGCGCGCAGAUCAAGAUCGCCAACGCCAUGGAGGGCUCCUCGGAGCGGCAGAUCACCAUCACAGGGACCCCCGCCAACAUCAGCCUCGCCCAGUACCUCAUCAACGCCAGGUUCAGGGAUGUGGCGGCCAUGUGGAACGACCCUUCUUCAAUGGCCACGUCUUGAAGUCUCCUCACAUCAUCUUCUGGUGUCCCCACACAUCCCCCCCACCCACAUCUACUUCUGGUGCCCUCACGCAUCCCUAACCUGAACCCUAACACUCCACCCUCUCAGCUCCACAACUAAAGGAGAACCAAACCCCAAGACCACGUCUACAUUGUUUUGCAUUAGAAGACUCUCUUUCUCUAGGUUAAACACAUGCUAUUGCAUGUAUAACCUCUUAUUGGCUGAUAGUUACCUUCCUAAUGAAGCGUUGAUGCGACACGCCUGUCCUCUGCUGAUUGAAACUGACCUGAAGGGGGGUUUACAGGGAGCUGGCAGCCCUGCCCCAGAAUGAAACUAACCACAGAGCACUUUUUAAAGGGGGCUAUCCAUUUUUCCUUGUCCCCUUUCAGAUGUGUGGUUCUCUCCUGUGGAACCUCCCGUAGCCUUGCGUUGUUUUUGUUGCUUUUUCGGAGCACCUGAAGACGAGCCUCUUUUGCAUUAGCCAGAAGUAAGCCAAUGCAGAUCCCCCCACCCCUCCCCUGUCCUUCUCCAUAA